AGCUCGCACCCGGGCUCCGAUCGCUCGCCCGGCUCCUCUCGCUCUGCUCCCGGCCGGGGCCGCGGGUUCGGUCCGGGCGCCGGUGCGCUCCUGCCGUUCCUCGUGCCCGGGACUCCAGGUCCCCGCGGGCUGCCGCGCAAGAUGAAGCUAGCCCUGCUCCUGCCCUGGGCUUGUUGCUGCCUCUGUGGGUCGGCGCUGGCCACCGGCUUCCUCUACCCCUUCUCGGCCGCAGCCCUGCAGCAGCACGGCUACCCCGAGUCCGGCGCCGGCUCCCCUGGCAGCGGCUACGCGAGCCGCCGGCACUGGUGUCAUCACACAGUGACACGGACGGUGUCCUGCCAGGUACAAAAUGGCUCGGAGACGGUGGUCCAGCGCGUGUACCAGAGCUGCCGGUGGCCAGGGCCCUGCGCCAACCUCGUAAGGACUCUGAUCAGACCCACCUACAGAGUGUCCUACCGCACGGUGACGGCGCUGGAGUGGAGAUGCUGCCCUGGCUUCACCGGGAGCAACUGUGAUGAGGAAUGCAUGAACUGCACCCGGCUCAGUGACAUGAGUGAGCGACUGACCACACUGGAGGCCAAGGUCCUCCUGCUAGAAGCAGCAGAACAGCCCUCCAACCCGGACAAUGACCUGCCGGCCCCCGAGAGCACUCCGCCGACCUGGAAUGAGGACUUCCUCCCCGACGCCAUCCCUCUCGCUCACCCUGGGCCACGACAGAGAAGGCCCACGGGCCCAGCCGGGCCCCCGGGGCAGACAGGACCACCAGGGCCUGCAGGCCCCCCUGGGUCUAAAGGUGACCGAGGCCAGACAGGAGAGAAGGGUCCAGCGGGGCCCCCUGGGCUCCUGGGGCCUCCAGGGCCCCGUGGGCUUCCUGGAGAGAUGGGGCGCCCCGGCCCCCCAGGACCACCCGGCCCAGCAGGCAGCCCAGGCCCCUCACCAAACAGCCCCCAGGGCGCCCUCUACUCCCUGCAGCCGCCUACAGACAAAGACAAUGGAGACUCAAGGCUGGCCUCUGCCAUCGUGGACACAGUGCUGGCGGGCGUCCCAGGACCCCGGGGUCCUCCUGGUCCACCAGGUCCCCCUGGGCCUCAAGGUCCCCCAGGACCCCCAGGAACAUCUGGAUCCCAGGGCCUGGCUGGAGAGCGAGGCACGGUGGGGCCGUCCGGUGAACCUGGCGUGAAGGCGGAAGAAGGAGAGAAAGUCGCCACUGCAGAGGGCGAGGGGGUGCAGCAGCUGAGAGAGGCCCUGAAGAUCCUGGCAGAGAGAGUCCUCAUCCUGGAGCACAUGAUUGGGAUCCACGAUCCCCUGGCCUCCCCGGAGGGAGGUUCUGGCCAGGAUGCUGCCCUGAGAGCCAACCUCAAGAUGAAGAGGGGUGGCCCCCAACCCGAUGGGGUCCUUGCUGCCCUGCUUGGGCCGGACCCUGGACAGAAGAGCGUGGACCAGGCCAGCAGCAGGAACGUUGUUUUCUGGAGCGGAUGUUCCUCUAAGAUCACUGCGGCAGGAGAGGAGAGAGACAGAAAGGGGACACUGGCUCCUAACUGCUCCAGCCCAGAAGAGAUGCAGUCGCUUUCCACUCACAUCCUAUUGGUUGGAACUGGCCACAUGACUCCAGACUCCUGCACCUCCUCAGGUGGCCCAGCCCUGCCUCACCUUCUCAGAGAUGCUGGCUUGGACCCCACCCACGAGAACAGUUGGCAUCUCCAUCACCUAGCCCAGGCCACUGUCCUGAGCUAAUCAGGAGCUACUCAUGGGCUCUCUUCCCUAGAAACUCCUCGAAGCCAGGGAGAAGGGCAGCUUCAUCUCCAGGUUCCCAGCACCAGGUGGCCCAGAACGGGCUUUAAUAAGCUCCUGCUUGAAUGAGUGACACCCAAUGAUCGUGAUGGCUUGAAUAAAUAAAGGAAUGAAAGAAUGAAUGGGACUGAUUAGAAGAGUCACCAGGAACAAGGCGUCAAGAGACUAAUCUUGAAUCAUGAUUCAGUCACUUCCCUCCUGUGUGACAUGGAGCAAGUUUCUUUACCUCUCUGGGCUUCAGUUUUCAGUUCUGUAGAAUGGGAUUAAUAGUUUUAGCCCUGCCUUCAAAACAGUUGUGUGCCUAAAACAAAAUAAAGGGGUUGCCAGGUGUGGUGGCUCACGUCUGUAAUCCCAGCACUUUGGGAUGAUGAGGUGGAUCAUUUGAGGUCAGGAGUUCGAGACCAGCCUGGCCAACAUGGUGAAACCCUGUCUCUACUAAAAAUACAAAAAUUAGCCGGGCAUGGUGGUGGGCACCUGUAAUCCCAGCUACUCAGGAGGCUGAGGCAGGAGAAUUGUUGAGCCCAGGAGGUGGAGGUUGCAGUGAGCUGAGAUGGCACUACUGUAUUCCAGCCUGGGUGACAGAAGGAGAUUUAAUCUCUAAAGAAAGAAAGAAAGAAAGGGGUUGAGCAUGCAAUUAUAUUAAAGGUCCAUGUACCACUCAUCCCUCCCUCCUUCCGUCCAUCCAUCUACUCAUUCAUCCAAUUAUCAAUUCAUCCAUCCACCACUCAUCCAUCCACCCAUCUAUUCAUCUAUUCAUCCACCCACCAUCCAUCCACUUAUUCAUCCAUCCACUCACUCACACAGUCAUUCACCCCCUCACCCAUCUAUGUAUCCAUCCAAUUAUCCACCCAUCCAUCCAUUCAUUCAUCUAUUUAUCCAUCCAAUUAUCCACACAUCCAUCCGUUCAUCCACCCAUUUAUUAAUCCAUCCAAUUAUCCAUCCAUCAUCUAUCCAUCCAUCCAUCCAUCCAUCCUCUUGUCCAUUCAUUUAACAACCACUCACUGAGACCUCCUGCAUGCCAGGCCUGUGUUGAGGAAUGGGGGACAGUGUGGGGUCAGAAGAAGUACCUACCUCCAGAACACUCUCUCAGGGAGAGGUCAUCAGUGGCAGCAGAGAAGCCCAGACAGGAGCUAAGGGAAGGAGGCUGAGCAUGCCAUCUCAAGAGUGCAGCCCAGGCCGGGCGCGGUGGCUUACACCUGUAAUUCCACCACUGUGGGAGGCUAAGGCAGGCAAAUCGCUUGAGCCCAGAAGUUCAAGACCAGCCUAGGCAACGUGGUGAAACUGUCUCUAGAAAAUUUUAGCCAAGGCCGGGCACGGUGGCUCAUGCCUGUAAUCCCAGCACUUUGGGAGGCCGAGGUGGGUGGAUCACCUGAGGUCAGGAGUUUGAGACCAGCCUGGCCAAAAUGGUGAAACCCCAUCUCUACUAAAAAUACAAAAAUUAGCUGGGCGUGGUGUCGUGCACCUGUAGUCUCAGCUACUUGGGAGGCUGAGGCAGGAGAAUCGCUUGAACCUGGGAGGUGGAGGUUGCAAUGAGCUAAGAUUACACCACUGCACUCUAGCCUGGGUGACAGAACAAGACUCCGUCUCAAAAAAAAAAAAAGAAAAGAAAAGAAAGGAAAAGAAAAAAUUAGGCAAGCGUGAUGGCGCAUGUCUGUAGUCCCAGCUACUCGGGAGGCUGAGGCAGGAGGAUUACUUGACCCCGGGAAGCAGAAGCUGAAGUGAGCCAAGAUCACACCACUGCACUCCAGUCUGGGUAAUAGAGCAAGAUCCUGUCUCAAAAACAAAACAAAACAAAAAAAGAGUACAACCCAAACCUCUGCUUCCCACCACCUCAAAUGCACCUGCUCUUGUCAUGCUCAGCCAGCUUCAGAAAUCCUAGGAGGCCAGGAACACUUCUGCCAGGGGUCCAGUUGGGAGGACAUUUGGAGGACGUGGUCAUGGAGGUGGAGGUAAAGAGGAAGGGAAAAUCAGACACACAGAAGUUAAGAAAUAUGCCGCCAACUACUGUUGAAUUGGGAUGUGAGUCCUCAGCCACAUUCUUAACCAGGUCCACAUCCUGGAUGAAAUGGGCCCUCAAGCCAAGUGCUCGGAAAGCCUCCAAUAAGUGGCUGGCCAGCAUCUGUUACAUACUUCCCCUGACAAGACACUCACUACCUUUCCAGGCUAGUGAGGCUCAUCUGUGUAUGGCUCUGACUGUGAAAAACUCUUUCUUGGAUAGAGGAUCCACACUGGCCCUGGCUCUGCCCUCUGGACCCUGUAUUCCCGCUGGCCUGGAAUGUCCCUGCAGAAACUUGAAGACAGUGGUGUGUCUCAGAGCCUUCUCUUCCUCAACAUGGGUACUCUUCCCUGCUCCCCCCAAGUCCUUUCACCUCCCAGCUGUCCAUCUGGCACAGAAGAUCAAGUGCAUUGUUGAGACCACAAGGGAGGGGAGGCAGCUUAGGAGAUCAGGAAGAAAACUGAUGACACUAAUGUAUGGUCUUAGCCUCACCCUUGGCCUUAUCCUGUGCUUUCUAGACAUUAACUUUUGUCAGCCCCCAAAUCUUGAUUUAAUCAUUCCCUCUUAAUGUAUUAUCUUCAUUGCUAUAAAAUGCCUUGAUUCCUUUUGGGGAGUAGA